AUGGGUCUAAGAAGCCUUUUUAAAAAAUAUAUCAUAAGAUCCAACUGGCAGAACCCGCAGUUUGCAUUCUUAUCGGCCUGCCACACUACCGUUGGCGACAAAAAGCGCCCGGAUGAGUCGAUCCAUCUAGCUGAGGCCAUGCAAUUCUGCGGAUUUCGCAGUGUGAUCGGUUCCAUGUGGUCUGUUGACAACGAGGUUGCAUGCGAAGUCAUAUCUGCUUUAUACCGCAAGUUAAUUGGUGAUUCAAAAAAAUUGGACUGCACAGGUGCUGCGGUAGUGCUGCACAAGGCUGUGAGAUUGUUGCACAAGAAGAUUCCGUUAGAACAGCAGAUUGUAUUUGUCCACAUAGGUGUGUAG